CACCUUCAAUUGGUAGAGCCGAGGCGCGAGGUAGAUCUUAGCCGUGAUUACAAGAUAAGCAAUGAGAUCGUGACGGGUGCAGAUAGCCGGCCGGAGGCGUAUUACUUGCCGAUGCUAAGUACGGAUGGCUGCAUCUCUGAGGGUUGCGACAAGGUGCAUCAUCGAUAUUCUGGAAUGGCAUGUAGUAUAAGAUCCAGUUGCUUGAACGGUCCAAUGACCAGAAUGAUGGGACAGGAUGGUAUACAUAAGGCCACAACGGGCCUUGAACGCCCCCGCAUGUCCCGCCGCUGCGGGCCGCACCAACGCACUAAUUUGUUUUGA